AGCCUCAUCUGCUAAACGAAAACACACAAACAAAAGUUAUGACGUCGCUUGCCUCCGUGAUUUCCCUUCUUCUCUCAUUUUCUUUGGCCAUUUUCUCCAAUGCUGCGUCGUUCAAAAAACUUCCGCUGCCGGGAAAAAGGUCAGGCCCUGAAGCUUUCGCCUUUGAUUCCACCGGAAAAGGUUUCUACACCGGAGUUUCCGGCGGUAAAAUCUUAAGAUAUCUACCGGGGAAGGGUUUCGUCGAUUUUGGCUAUAUCACAGUAUCCUCAAAGUCGCAAUGGUGCGAUGGAGCACUUGGAAUAACUUAUAUGAGUAAAUGCGGCCGGCCGGCCGGAAUAGCAUUCAAUAACAAAACAGGAGAGCUCUACGUAGCUGAUGCUCCGUUGGGUCUCCACGUCAUACCUCGUGGUGGUGGCUACGCCAAGAAGAUAGCCGACAGUGUUGACGGCAAGCCCUUCUUGUUUCUCGAUGGUCUCGACGUUGAUCCCACUACCGGGGUCGUCUACUUCACUUUCUUCAGCUCAAAAUUUCGCCCUGGCGACGUGUUGAAAGCAGUGGCAUCAAAAGAUGCUACUGGAAAACUCUUCAAGUACGAUCCAUCAAAAAAGGUUGUGACUGUAUUGCUCGAAGGUCUAAGUGGCUCUGCCGGUUGUGCCGUUAGUUCAGACGGUUCGUUUGUGCUAGUUAGUCAGUUCACCAAGAGUAACAUCAAGAGGUAUUGGAUCAAAGGACCUAAAGCUGGUUCUUCUGAUGACUUCACUAAUGCGGUUUCAAACCCUGACAAUAUCAAGAGGAUCGGUUCUUCCGGAAACUUUUGGGUAGCUUCGGUAGUGAACACAGCCACUGGACCAACAAAUCCGUCGGCUGUUAAAGUUAAUUCUGAUGGUAAAGUGCUUCAGACAGUUUCGGUGAAGGAUAAAUUUGGGGAUACAUUGGUCAGCGAGGUCAACGAAUUCAAAGGAAAGCUUUAUGUCGGAACCCUGUUUAGUCCUUAUGCCGGAAUUAUUGACAUUUAAACUAAUUUAUGUAAGAUUAGUUUGAUCAGAUGGUAAUAAAAAAUAUGAAGUUUUUGA